UGUUUGUUGUGGUUGUUCUUUCGUGUAGUCGUCGUUCAAGUUUUGUGAGGUUGUACCAAGUAUUUUCAGCAGUGGCCAAAAUGUCUAGAAGCAUAGUCUUAGCUGUUGAUGGCAGUAACAUUGCAGAAAUGGCAUUUUGCUGGUAUUUGAGCAAUCUUUAUCGUGAUGGCGACGAAGUGAAUGUCAUUUGUGUUCAUGAUAUGUCCGAAGUUGAAGUGCCUUACAUUUUAGGCCCCGAGCCGAUAGUUAUCCCAGACACAUACGAAGAAGCGAUACGCGAGAGCUACGAAAAGAGCAAGAAAUUGCUUUCUGAAUACAAAAAACGGUUAGAGGAAAAGUCAGUGAAAAGUGUAGGCCAUUUGAGAACUUCGCAUGGUUCUGCAGGAUCGGAAAUUUGUAAAUUGGCAGAGGAAUCAAAAGCUGAUUGUAUUGUGAUGGGUUCACGUGGCCUUGGAACGAUCAGACGCACAUUUUUAGGCAGCACAAGUGAUUAUGUGCUUCACCACUCGGAUUGUCCAGUCCUGAUAUGGAAGCAACAUCAUGCCGUAAAAGCCUGAAAAAUAUGACACUGAAGUUGACAAUUUAAAUUAUCUCUUAUAAUCGAAAGAAUUUAAAAUCUUCUAAUAUGUAUUUUUAGGAAGAGAUAUGUAUCGUUGCAACAAAGGUUUAAUCUAUCAGAACUUGAUGAAUAAAGAAA